GGCGCCGAGAUAGUGAACGACGGCGGACCGACGUGGAUAAAGGGGGCGGGCAUUGCGGACGUAGCUUGGGGCCCUCCGAGAAAGCAGCGCCCGGCGGGCGGAGCAGAAGCCGCGGGCCCUAGGAAGCAGAAGGCACCGGAGCUGCUCGAGCAGGCCAAAGGAGCGGCAGGAACAGGCGCCGCCAAACCACGACUCGUUCAGCAGCUCACGCUCCUCUUCGCAAUGCUCGCGCUCAGCAUGGCGGGAGGUUUCAGGUCGGUCAUCGGCGUCGUCUUCGUCGCAGCGAUCACCCCGGCGGCUGCCCCGCGCAUCGAGGCGGCCAUUCAAGCGGGCAAGAACUACCGCGAAGCCGCGAUGGAGCUCGAGGAGAAAGCCGAGGGCGACGCAGUAGACGCGGCGGCGCCGGCCAGGCGCGCGCCGCGCUCGCGAAGUAGGGCCGAGAACAUCAUGAAGUACGAGCUCGAGGAUUCGGCGGCGGACAUCAAGUGCGUCCGCGCGCGCGUGCCGCUGGGCAAGGGGGCCGAGAAGAAGUCGGAGCGCGCGGGGGGCAAGGCGCGGCUGCAGCGGGCGCUCACCACGACCGCGAUCGCGCGGGAGCUCGACGGCGCCAUUCGCUCGGGGAUCGCGAGGCGCGGAGGGUGGAUCCUGAUCGGCGCUGCCCCGCGCGGGGUUUUGGAGAAGGGCGCGCGAGCGCUCUUGAGCAAGCUGGAGCCCAAGUAG